AUUACAAAACCUUCUGUUUUACUGAAGCCUUCCCCGCGGUCAGUCAACACCGCACUGGGUCAUUUGGGUCAGCGUGAACUAUUUUCCCGACUGCACACAUAGCUCCCAAGAUUGAAAACAUUAAUCUGUGAAGCUAAAGAGCAACAGCAACCGGCAAGAAAUCGACCUCAAAAUCUUAUCUUGCCCUGUUGUGUCGGGUGAGGAAAUUCAAACCCUCCAUUCGGCCGGGGAGACCUCAGCCGGGAGAUUUCACACACGCCAAACGUACAUAAUUUGUUUUGAGAUAAAAGUGAAAACUACGCCACGUUAAGCAGUAUACACACACACGCAAACCUACUUUGUGGGGGAGUCAUUUCGUCAUCGGGGUGGAAUUGAGAUUGGAACGACUUCAUCAUGAUUCACUCUCAGAUGGAAGAUUCCCAGUACGAGAUCCGCCAUCAGGUGCUGAAUCCGAACCAGCGCCAACAGCUGGAGGACCGGCGGCGGAUCAAGGAGCAGCUGCAUCAGCUCGAGCAGGAUAACGAGUCGCCGACGCACAUGUACCGGCGCAAGCUGAAGAUAUCCACCGACGUAAAUCUGCUCGACCAGCACGAUUCGUUCUACCACACCACCAAAAGUUUGCUGGUGCUGUUCCAGAUCAUGGGCGUGAUGCCGAUUAUGCGCAGCCCGAAGGGUGUCGAUAUGCCCCGUACCACCUUCACCUGGUGCUCGAAGGCGUUCCUUUGGGCGUACUUCAUCUAUGCGUGCGAAACGAUCGUUGUGCUCGUGGUCGCCCGCGAGCGCAUCAACAAGUUCAUCUCCACCAGCGACAAACGGUUCGACGAGGUGAUCUACAACAUCAUCUUCAUGUCGAUUAUGGUGCCGCACUUUCUGCUACCGGUCGCUUCCUGGCGCAACGGUCAGGAGGUGGCCAAGUUCAAGAACAUGUGGACGGACUUUCAGUACAAGUAUCUUAUCGUCACCGGGAAGCCAAUCGUUUUCCCCAAGCUGUAUCCCAUUACGUGGGCGUUAUGCAUCGUGUCGUGGACAUUGAGUCUGGUAAUCAUCCUGUCGCAGUAUUAUCUGCAGCCUGACUUCCAAUUUAGCCACACCUUUGCGUACUACCACAUCAUAGCUAUGCUGAACGGAUUCUGUAGCCUUUGGUUUGUCAACUGUACCGCAUUCGGUACGGCUAGCAAGGCCUUCGCGAAAGAGCUAACAGACGUGCUGGCUACCGAGCGGCCAGCGGCGAAAUUGACCGAAUAUCGUCACCUGUGGGUGGAUUUGAGUCACAUGAUGCAGCAGUUGGGUAAAGCCUACUCCAACAUGUACGGAAUCUACUGUUUGGUGAUAUUCUUUACUACCAUUAUUGCCACUUACGGCUCGCUGAGCGAAAUUAUCGAGCACGGUGCCACAUAUAAGGAAGUGGGUUUAUUUGUCAUUGUUUUCUAUUGCAUGAGCCUGCUGUUCAUCAUUUGCAACGAGGCCCACCAUGCAUCCAAAAGGGUUGGACUGAACUUUCAGGAACGAUUGUUGAAUGUUAAUCUGACGGCAGUCGACAAGGCUACGCAGAAGGAGGUGGAAAUGUUUCUUGUCGCCAUCGAUAAAAAUCCGCCUACGAUGAAUCUUGAUGGGUACGCCAACAUUAAUCGGGGACUGAUCACAUCGAACAUUUCCUUCAUGGCAACCUAUUUAGUGGUUUUGAUGCAGUUCAAAUUGACUCUACUUCGCCAGAGUGCUAAAAAUGCGUUCAUUGCUUCGCUCAAAUCUAACCUGUCCAGAAUUCGCACACUCGAUGUGGACAAACUUCGGACCUAGGAGAUGAAACAGAUGAUUAUGUUAGAGCUGCUGCUGAGAGAUUAGGUGUAACAGCAAAUAUAACUGUACUGUCAUUAGGAAACAACCCAUAGAAAGAAGAAACUUUGA